CAGAGUUCUUCGACAUGCUGGAAAAGAUGCAGAGUCCCAAAACCGAGGAGACUAAGAAAUACAAGGAUGACUACAUCCCUUACCCCCGGAUUGAGGAUGUCUUGGAGAAGAGUGGUCCCUACCCUCAGGUCAUUUUACCUCAGUUUGGUGGAUAUUGGAUUGAGGAUCCCGAGGCUCCGGUUGGGACGCCCACGUCCUCAGACAGCAGCUUCUGUGAGGAGGAAGAGGAUGGUCUGAGCCCUGGUGGAGAAGGAGGCUUCAGCUACAGGCUGGAGUGUAACAGCAUCUCACGGGCUUACCGCAAACACUUUCUGGGCAAUGAGCACAUGAACUAUUACUGCACAGCCAGUAGUAUGGGACACCUCAUCAUGUCUCUGAAGUAUGAGGAGGCAGAUGGACAGGAGUCUCUCCGCAUCAUGCUCAGGUCAAAAACAAAGACCCUUCAUGAGCGAAUCCCACUUGAAGGCCUCCUCCAGCUACCAAGUGUACCACAGAUAGCCAAGCUGCUCUGCGAUGACGUCACAGGUCUGAAGUUCAACCCCGUCCUCUACCCUAGGGCCUCGCAACUGAUCGUCAGUUUUGAUGAGCACGAAGUGAACAACACUUUCAAGUUUGGAGUCAUCUAUCAGAAGUUUGGUCAGACAACAGAGGAAGAGCUGUUCGGGAACAAUGAGGAGACGCCAGCCUUUACUGAAUUCCUCAGUGUUUUAGGAGACAAUAUUGAACUGCAGGAUUUUAAAGGGUUCAGAGGCGGUCUGGAUGUGUCUCAUGGACAGACAGGAUCGGAGUGUGUCUAUACUACGUUCCGUCAGAGAGAAAUCAUGUUUCACGUUUCCACAAAACUCCCUUUUACAGAAGGAGACAUUCAGCAGCUCCAGAGGAAGAGACAUAUUGGCAAUGACAUUGUCGCAGCCGUCUUCCAGGAAGAGCCCACACCAUUCGUACCUGAUAUGAUCGCAUCCAACUUCCUUCAUGCCUACGUAUUAGUGCAGGCGGAAAACCCCUGCACUGAUCACACCACGUACAAGGUGUCCGUCACAGCGCGAGAGGAUGUCCCUCCGUUCGGCCCCCCUCUUCCAAACCCUUCUGUCUUUAAGAAGGGUCCCGAGUUCCGGGAAUUUCUCCUGACAAAAUUGAUCAACGCAGAAAAUGCAUGCUGCAAGUCAGACAAGUUCGCCAAGCUAGAGGAGAGGACACGGGCAGCACUGUUAGAUAACCUUCACGAUGAACUGCACAGACAGACACAGGCCACAGUAGGACUGGGCUCAGCUACAGAUGAAGAAAAGCUAGAAAAUGGAGGUCAUGGAGGGCUGCUGGAGUCUUUUAAGGCAGGGUGGAUGUGUGUGUGGGGUGGUUUGCAGACACACACAUAUACUGCGGUGCUGAUCUGCGUUGCAGCUGUGACUGUGUAUCAAUACCAAGCCGAACUGAUGCAGAUGACCAGUGCACAUGAAACAAUACAUUAA